GCCUAACCAUUCCCGGCUCCCGGCAGAGACGGCCGCUCGCCUCCAGAAGAGCAACCCAAGUCGCCGAGAGCGACUCCCACACGACCCACCUACCCCGCCGCCGCCGCCGCCGCAUCCCCCUCGAUCCCGUCUGGCGAUCGGGGGCUCCCAGACACAUCACAGAUACACACCACGCUAAGCCAAAUCGAGCAACGCCUAUCAUCAUAUUAUAAUUUCCCCUCAUUCAUCUCACAGUCCCAGGCCUCCCCUCCCUCCUCCCCGUCGCCAACCAACCUCCAACCCCCAGCCGAUCGCGUCGGAGAUGCUGGGCGUCGCGCGGAGGCGGCUCGGAUCCGGAUGCGUGCUCGCCCAGCUGGCGCAGGCCCUCCGCCCCGCCGCCGCUCCCGCCAGGACCUACUCCGCCGCGGCCAAGGAGAUAACUGUACGGGAAGCAUUGAAUACCGCAUUAGAUGAAGAAAUGUCGGCAGACCCUUCUGUUUUCUUGAUGGGAGAAGAGGUUGGCGAGUACCAAGGUGCAUACAAGAUAUCCAAGGGUUUGCUUGACAAGUAUGGCCCCGAUAGGGUUCUCGAUACUCCGAUCACUGAGGCGGGCUUCACUGGCAUUGGUGUUGGUGCCGCUUACCAUGGUCUUCGACCUAUUGUAGAGUUCAUGACAUUUAACUUUUCGAUGCAGGCAAUUGAUCACAUAAUUAAUUCAGCUGCCAAGUCGAACUACAUGUCUGCUGGGCAGAUAUCUGUUCCUAUUGUCUUUAGGGGUCCAAAUGGUGCUGCUGCUGGAGUUGGUGCCCAACACUCACAGUGCUAUGCAGCUUGGUAUGCACAUGUUCCCGGAUUGAAAGUUCUAGCUCCAUAUUCUGCAGAAGAUGCUCGAGGUUUGCUGAAAGCAGCAAUCAGGGAUCCAGAUCCUGUUGUGUUCCUUGAAAAUGAACUUCUUUAUGGUGAAUCAUUUCCUGUAUCUGCUGAGGUACUUGAUUCUAGCUUCUGCCUUCCGAUUGGAAAGGCUAAGAUAGAGCGACAAGGGAAAGAUGUCACUAUCACUGCAUUCUCCAAAAUGGUGGGAUAUGCCCUUCAGGCCGCUGAUAUACUGGCCAAGGAAGGUAUCAGUGCCGAGGUAAUCAAUCUUCGCUCAAUUAGACCGCUGGAUAGAGCUACUAUUAAUGCAUCUGUGAGGAAAACCAAUAGAUUGGUAACCGUAGAAGAAGGCUUCCCUCAACAUGGGAUUGGUGCGGAAAUAUGCAUGUCUGUUGUAGAGGACAGCUUUGAGUAUCUUGAUGCACCAGUCGAGAGGAUUGCUGGAGCUGAUGUGCCCAUGCCGUACGCUGCCAACCUUGAGAGGAUGGCUGUUCCACAGGUCGAUGACAUCGUCCGGGCAGCCAAGCGUGCUUGCUACAGGGCAGCAGUACCGAUGGCAGCAACCGCCUAGUCCAGCAGAACCCUGCAUGUUGCAUUUCUUUGUCUAAUUUUAAUGUCCGUGCUGCAGAAAGACGUGUCACAUAAUGGUGUGACGAGUACCCACUGCCGCUGCAACUCAACUAUAGCAUGAGCUGAGUUUUUGUAGAGCCACCGAGAGGUGUUCAGUACUCCAGUUCCAGUUCCGCUUAUCUUCGCCGCCGCAGCCGGAAGGCUGCGCAUGACUCUGCGUCUGUUUUAUGGUUCACGAAUGAUUGCAGAUUUGCAGCAGAGCCUCUGGAGAUGAGAAUUUUACUUGUGGCGAGAUGUUGUGAGUAACUUGUAUUCAGAAGGGGGAACUCUCAAGAGAUCCUCAAGUCGUGAUUCCAGUUGCGGCUUUCUUGAU